CUGAAACUGUAGUUCCAAACAAAAGUUUUAGUUGUAAAGGAGUUUUCAGACAACAAGGAAUUCAACUGAAUUAUAAGGCCCUUUUUCAUUAUUACCGGACUGCUAAUAUUAUAUAGUUAUUAAUAAUAUGGCGAGCUACUGUUUAUUUUGGAUGGCAUUGCUUAAGAAUUAUUGGGACUCGAUCGGUAAUGAUUUUGUUAUUUACCUGUGGACUUUAGCUGUGACUUUCUUAUGGAUUUACUGGAUAUUUUGUGUUUCAAUUGUAUGGAAAAAGGAUCUGGACAUCGAAAAACAUUCAUUUUUAAGAAAAACAGAAAAUGUCAUUCGAUACAAUCCAAAACGAGAUACAAUAAAUCGGUUAAGAAAAGUAAAAGUUAAAAAAAUUGUGGAACUGCCUCCCCCUUAUCCAAAUGGUUGGUAUGGUAUUCUUAAAUCGUCUCAGCUUAAAGCUGGGGAAGCAACUUGUGUAUCGUGCUUGGGGGAAGAUCUAGUCAUCUUUCGCACACAAAAAGAUAACGUUUUUAUCCUGGAUGCAUAUUGCCCGCAUUUAGGAGCUAAUUUGGGUAUUGGGGGAAGAGUUGUUGACGACUGUGUUAUAUGCCCUUUUCAUCAAUGGAGUUUUCGAGGGACAGACGGCUUAUGCAUCAAUAUUCCAUAUAGCACAUCAGUUCCUAAAGGAUCAAGGGUAAAAAAAUGGAUUUCGCAGGAAGUGGACGGAUUUAUUUUUAUUUGGUAUCAUGCUGAACCAACAGAAUUACCUUGGGAUCUGCCUUCACCUAUGGGAGAGGUUGACAAUAAAUUUAUCUAUCAUGGUCACAAUGAGUUUUACAUUAAUUGCCAUAUUCAAGAAAUACCGGAAAAUGGCGCUGAUAUUGCGCACUUUAAUGCUAUUCAUAAAAAUAGCUUUAUUAAUGACAGAUGGGUUAAAAAAAUAAGUUCAUUUGGAUUCGGAUCUCAUCAUUGGAGAGCGAGGUGGUCUCCAUUUGUUGGAAAAUUAAAAUACUUGGCGGAAGUUAACCUAAGUCAUUCAUUGCAACUGUUUGGAAAGUUUUGCUGUUUUCGUAUGGAAAUUUCUGGCAAACAGAUUGGACCGUCUUGUGUGUGUCUUGAAGUUAAUUCAAAUACAUUUGGAAAGAUUAAAGUUUUUCAAUAUAUUACACCAAUCGAGCCUUUGUUGCAAAAAGUUGUUCAUCAGUUUUAUGGUCCUCGUUGGAGUGCUCCACUUAUGAAAAUUUUUGUUUACGGAGAAAGUGUCAUGUUCGAACGUGAUAUUAACAUAUGGAAUCAUAAAGUACUUCAUCGGAAUCCUAUCUUAGCUAAGGAAGAUACAUCGAUAAAGAAGUUUAGGCUGUGGUUCUCCCAAUUCUAUUCGUCGAACAGCAAAUCAUAUUCUGAAGCAACCAAUAUUGGUUGGUAGCUAAAUUUGUACUGAAAUUUAAAGUUUCAUUAAACGAUGGCUAAGUAAAUACUGUGUCUCGAAGAAAAUAGAA